AUGAAAUAUUUCUUAUUUCUUAUUAUUAUUCGGAUUAUUUAUUGUUUUACACCUAAUAAAUCUCCAUUUGAUGCAUAUGGUCUUAAACUUGCUGCUAAUGAUGUUCUAUUAGUCGAAUCUUUGGCUUCUGAUUCUUCUUUUUUCGUUCGUCUUGCUCCAUAUAAUUAUUCUCUUUCUUGUACAAUACCCUAUAAUAAUUCCAAUCAAUAUAUAUAUUCUGUAGCUGUUCAUUCCAAAGCAACAUAUAAUGAUACAAUUCGUUUUGUAUUUAUUGGUAUUAAUACAGAUACAGAUAUACCAUUUAUAGGUUCAUUAACAUACAGUGGUAUAACAGGCCCAACAUUUAUAGAUGCUGUUAAUUCAUCAGUGAAAGCGAAAUUUCCUUGUAAUGGUUGGAAUAUAAAUAAUUACCAUAUACAUCAAUUAGAACAAUUUGUAAAUGAUGAUUUUGAAGACACGAAUAACAAUGAUUUUUUCAUUGUUACUAUUUCAUCAACAGGAGAAUUUGCAUAUGGAUUUACUAAUACUUUUUUAAUAAUUUAUGAUCUUAAUGGAGAUAAUAUUUCAAGUCAAUAUGGUAAUGUAACAUGGCCUGAUCCAUCUUUUCUUCCACGUGCUGUUGAUGUCAAUGAAGAUUUAUU